CCAGACUAGACCAGAACUAGGCCAGAACGAGGCCAGAACUAGACCAGAACUAGGCCAGAACCAGGCCAGAACUAGACCAGAACUAGGCCAGAACUAGGCCAGAACUAGACCAGAACUAGGCCAGAACUAGACCAGAACUAGGCCAGAACUAGGCCAGAACUAGACCAGAACUAGGCCAGAACUAGGCCAGAACUAGACCAGAACUAGGCCAGAACUAGGCUAGAACUAGGCCAGAACUAGGCCAGAACUAGACCAGGACUAGACCAGAACUAGACCAGAACUAGACCAGAACUAGACCAGAACUAGAUCAGAACUAGGCCAGAACUAGGCCAGAACUAAGCCGGAACUAGACCAGAACUAGACUAGAACUAGGCCAGGUCUAAAUCUGGUCUGAAACAGGUCUAAACUGAGACUGGAACCAUGGAGGAAGCAGAGCGACGUGUCCCUCCGCAGAGAAAAGCAGACCCUGAUCACUUACCCAGGCCGUACUUGGACGUGUGUCUGUCCGAUGAAGGCGAGCUCUCUGAUUGGUCGGAGGAGGAUCUGUCUUUGCACUUCUCUGCGUCUGUCCUCAAGUCGUCCGAGUCUGAGUCCGAGUCUGGACCUGAACCAGAACCGGGACCAGGACCAGGACUGGACCCAGGACCAGAGCCACGACCAGAGCCAGGACAGGUGCUGGACCAGGCUCAGCCAGACCAAACCGGACCACAGUCCCAGGUCCAGAGUCUAAACCCAUAUCUGGAUUUACCUGAGAAGAAGCCCCGCCCACAACAGGAACAGCCACGCCCAUACCAGUUUCAACGGCAACACAGCCUACCUGAGGCUGGGGGCGGAGCUUACAAGGGCCUGAUCGCAGGUCUUCAGACUCAGAGUGUGGAGGCGCAGGUCCAGAGGAGGUUGCAGAAGUCCUUCUCAUUGGACGAGAGCAGAACCAAGAUGGCGUCGUGUCUAAUCAAGAAUGUUCUGUCCAAAAGGAUGCAGCAUCAAGCCCCCCUCCAAUCCAAACCCCCCAGAGGUCACACGAUCAAACUGGCCGCUUCUCUCAGCCAAUCGCAGUGCAGAGCAGAGACCAGUCAGCCAAUCACAGGACAGAGGUGCAGUAGUCAGCCAAUCACAGCACGGACUCACCCCGACCAAUCAGAGCCGAGGUCCAAAGAAUCCCCACGCCGCUCACCCUCUGCCCAGGAUCAGAGCUCCUUUGUGGGCCACCGUCAAUCUGCAGUCAGACCUUCAAGAGAGCUUCAGGCCCCGCGCCCCUCUGCCCAAGAACAUGCCUCCUCCCUGGGCCACAGUCUGCCCCAUGAAGACCCUCCCUCGUUUCCCUCCAGAGAGCUCCAGGCCCCAUGUCCCUCUGCCCAACAACAGACCUCCUCUGUGGGCCGCCGUCAGUCUGCAGUCAGGCCUUCCAGGGAACUCCAGAGAAAGGCCCCGCAUGCAUCUUCUCUAACCCAGCCAGAGUCCUCCUUUGUGGGCAGCACUCAGCCCACGGUGGACCCUCUCCGGUUCUCCAGAGAGCCCCGUGAUGUGGUACACACAGCCCAGGAGGAGACUUCUUCUGUGGGAUACACUCGGCCACUCCCCCACAGGUUCUCCUCCUCGAGGAAGCUCCAGACCAGAGGGUCUCGCUUCUCUCCCUCCGCCCAGGUACAGGCCUCAUCUCUGGGACAAAGUCAGGCCGAGCAGGGCCCUCCCAGGUUUCCCUCCAGAGAGGCUCAUCACACCUUAAGCUCUGCCCAGGAACAGUCCUCGUCUUUGGGACACCAUCUGCAGACAAAGCCUCCUCCCUGGGUGUCCUCCAGCGACUCCUCUCCCUCCACAGGCUCUUCCCAGGAACAGAGACCAUCGCUGGGUCAAAGAAAGCUGGCAGUGGCCCCUCCCUGGUUCUCUUCCAGAGAUGCUCCUCGACCCUCAGCCCAGGAUCAGGGCUCGUCUGUCGGUCGCGUUCGUCCACUCGCUCCCUGGUCCUCUUCUUCCGGUGAGCUCCAGCCCCGGGCCCCUCUCCCCUCUGGCUGUGCCCAAGAUGAGUGCUCGUCUGUGGGCUGCGUGCGGCCGGCUCUCCCCUGGCUGACCUCGGCUCCUGGAGGUCAGGAGUUUAAAGCGUUGCAGAGGAAGGCACUGCUUGACCCGGAGACGGGACAGUUCGUCCAGGUGUUUGUACCUGUGCCAGGCCCCACCCCCCUGCUCCACAGCCCGGCUCCCGUGUUCUCUAGCCCCGCCCCCUCUGUGCUGGGAUAUGCCCCGCUCCUGUCCGUCACUCCAAACCCCACCCUCCUGGUCCAAGUCCCACCCACGGUCUUCAGCCAGACCUGCUUCAUGCUGCCCCCAAUGCAGCCCUGGGUCUUCUACAGGCCCACAUGAGGACUAGACCAGGACUAGAUCUGGACUAGACCAGGACUAGAUCUGGAC